AUGCCCGGCGUCAUCAUGGACAAUGUCAACACCGAGGGAUCUGUGCAAAGGCCGGCUCCCAAUGAGACAGUGAAUGGUGUAUCUGGCUCAUAUGGAAAUCAUGAGAAGUCCGGCCAACAUCCUGCUGCUACGAACGGGCCGGUCCUGGUAAAUGGCGCAGGAAGGGGACUCGAUGCUUUGAGCCAACAAUCGAAGAUGCCCAUCCGUAACGCCGGAGAUAUUGACUCAACACCAUUCGAUUUACCCCAUAUCACGCAAGGGUUCUUCCCGUUCGGCACCCUUAUCAAUCGAGCUGUGCAGCAAUGUUGGAACGAUCUGUCGGAGUUAAUCACUGAGUUGGCCGCAAUCCAAUCUUCGGAAAAUGUGCACAAGAAGUUACGCAUCCUUGAUUUCGCGUAUGCCAAAAGGGCCGAGUUCAUCAAGCUUCUGGUUCUCUCCCAGUGGAGCCGACAAGCUGCGGAAGUCAGCCGUCUUAUUGAUAUUCAAAACUUCAUACGUACGCGACAUCAAUCAUAUAUCUCAGCGGUCCAAUAUGUGGGUGAAAUGAAGCGAGAUCUGGUCCGAGCGCAAGUCGCCAACCCAGAUCUGAAAACGGCUCUAGAGAUUCUCUCGAAGGGCCGGGUUGGAUCUCUACCAGAUUUCGGCUACAAGCCCCCAAAACCAUUGACAGCCAAAUCCACACUCAAAAAAUUACGCAAGAUCAAUCGCAUCAUCAGUGUGCGAUUAGCGGUGUACGACGAAGUACCUCAUGCCUUGCGCAAUUACCGAAUCCACGAUGGCCGGGUUACAUUCACAGUUCCUGGGGAAUUCGAGCUUGAUCUUGCCGUUGCAGAGCAAACGAAUACUUCACAGUUUUUCUUCGUGGAUAUUCGAUUCCUUUUCUCCCCUUCAUCUAAAAUUCCAAAAGGCCGAAUCUUCAACGAACUUGAUGCCAAAGUCAACGAGAUUCUUCACAACGAUGGCUUAUCGGGAUGCUUCGACUUCCUCCACGGCCUGGUCCUCACAAAUAAACUAAGUACCUUGCAUCGACAGGCUGUGGAUCUCGCAAGAGGUGCUUGGUCAGAUUCUUUGCGUAUUGAGUUGCUUCAUCGGAUAUUGGUCAUUCAGUAUUGGUCAUCCAGGGCCGGCCCCAAAAGCUGGAUAGAGAUCGGUGUUCAGCGAGGCUCCCGGAAAGGUGCCAAUGGAAACAAGAACCAGGUUCCAUAUCUCGGUCUUCGCUGGGUUCGGGACGGCCAAAGGGUCAACAGCGAUAUCAUCAGUUUCGACUCGACCGUGCUCUCGCUUGAGCAGGUUCUACGGAGCGUUAUCGCAUUACACACUUCACAUCUACUCGCUACCGCUUUCAACACCCUCAAGAAGAGUCUACUUUUCGCUAGUCAUACAUUAUCACUCCGUGCUCAAUUGUCGAAAACAGAGCCAAGCGACUGCCACCUUGACAUGCAACUGACAGCGUCACGGGAUCUCAGAAUUUCUGCUGAGCCUUUGUCAGGAGCAAUUACCCUGUCUGGUCCAUCCAGUGCCCUGGAGCGACCAGACCUGGAGCGACAGCACAAGUCCGCGAUUGAUGAAAUGCUCUCACGGGUUACUCGACUGAGAUGCCACACUGCAGUGAACCAGAUCGAAUUAGGCAUCAAGCCGCUUGGUCUUGAAAGUAUUAACCAGAGAGGCAUCGGAGUCAACGUCAGCCGUCUUUUCCCUCCAAACACCCUACGCUCUGCCUUCUUCAGUCACCAGUCAUGGGACCGCCGCUGGGUCGUUGCUGCGACGAGUAGCAUGGAUGGCGAUAAGUGGUGGCUAGUUCAUAUCCUUGUCCGACCAACAGACCCGACGCGUCCCUUGCCACUGUCGCAUUUCACGAAGGACUCAGCACAAGCCCAUGCUAUUAGCAACAACUUGAUGCCCUCCCAAAAAUUUGACUAUUCCACUUGCUCAGAACUCGUCCAUUGCUUGUCAGGAAUUUUGGCAAUUUAUGCCAACGCCCGUUGCUUGGCCGACCUGCCAGGGGCGCUGUUCCAUCCACCAUUGAAACAACUGCGAUUAGGGCCGAAGCUCGAAGUUCCAGACCUCGUGUUCAGUUAUAAGGCCAACGCUAUCCCAGCCGUGUUCCGACUUGCCUUACCUCCAGCGUUGCAGAAAGGAUCCUACUUGCGAGAUUCGGUUCGCCUUUCUUUCAAAGGAAUCGAUCGCCAGACUCACUCGGCCAUUUUGGUUGCCUACGGUUCUUUCCGAUUCUGCAUCAGAUCCCUCCUCCCUCUUAUCUCUAGCGCAGAUCAAUCGCUCGUCGUACAAGACAAUGGAUCCGGUUUUGCAAUCCGUUUGCUUGUCCCUGUUGGCCAAGCUGUGCUUAUUCCUCUUCUUGAACGUCUUCAACGUUUGGACUGCGUCAUCUAUAUACUCCAGUCUCUCCUCCAGAGAAAAAUGGAGCCUCGGUCAUUGUCACUAUCACAGAUCGCGUUCAAAUAUGGAGAAACCCAAACCCACUCUGCCCGGCUCAGUAUCGAUGUUUCAGAGCCGCCGCCAUCGUCCUAUACUGAGGUCAAAGCUGCUUUAUCAAACCUCAACCCGCUCUUCCGCCUAGGCUUGAGGAUAGACUUCGACAGUCCCAGCCCCCAUCGUCGUAUUCAAGAAUCACUUACUGUGGCUUUGAAUGAUCGAUUUUCCAAAUCGGGCGUCGAGUCUACCCUCGGCUCUAUAGCGGAAACAUUCCCGCUUUUACAUAGCCUGGAACAAAUCACCAAGCCGGUCCAGCCAACGUCGUGUGUUAUACACGUCAUUGUACGAAGCCCAACGGUCUUCCUAAUCCACUAUACCCAGAAAGCGCGUUUCCUAUUAUCUGCUCAGCCAAGGCAAGGGCGUACUGUGUGGUUACUGGAAGAUUUCAAAACAGGCGUUGGUCGAGGUCAGGGUCAGGGUCAAGGCCAGAGCCAAAUUUCUACCUCGGUGCGCGAACAGGUUUACAAUUCCAAGGGUGAUGGCUGGCAAGGUCUAGGUGAUGGCGCUCUGUCUUCCACGGAAAAGGUGGGAAAUCUCCUUGCCAAGUUACAUGAAUGUCUCAGCUCCUGUGCUCCUGAGCCCAUACCCGAGCCCACGAAACAAGAAAACGUGCAACAAUCCGGCACUGUGACACAGUCCCAACAACCGCCAGCGCCAGCGCCCGUGCAAGCGCCAGUGACAUCCGCCCCGAAACAGAGAACGAAGCCUAACUUCAACUUGAACUUGAACUUGAUGGCCCAGCCACAGUUACAAGCACAGGCACCACCGCAGCAGCAGCAGCAGAAUAGUGGCGCUCCAGGAAAUGCCGAUAUCAUCACAAUCGACUAG